AUGCCUGAAAAUACUGCUGCAGAUAAACAGCAGGUGCUGCAGGUCCUUGAUCGUCUGCAAGCAAAACUGCGUGAGAGAAGAGACUCCCAACAUAAUGAAAACCUGACUGUUUUGCGUAACACGCUCAGGAGCCCUUUGUUUAACCAGAUACUGACCCUCCAGCAAUCCAUCAAGCAACUGAAGGAACAACUCAAUUAUAUGCCUCCUGACCGUUCAGUAGAUUUUGAUUUUACGAAGAGAGGGCUACUAGUGUUUGCUGACAAAUCGGUUGCUGCUGGGAGCGUGUAUACACCUUGCAGUUCACCUGAACCCAAAGCAUCUGCCUUCACUCCAAACCUGGGAGUUAAUGAAUUUAAUGCAAUCAUCCAACAGAUGGCAAAGGGGAGACAAAUAGAAUCAAUAAAGAUUGAAAAGCCUUCUGUUGGAGGUCUUGGAUUUAGUGUGGUUGCCCUUAAAAAUCACAGCUUAGGAGAAGUUGGUAUCUUUGUCAAGGAAGUCCAGCCAGGAAGCAUAGCUGACAGGGAUCAAAGACUAAAGGAAAAUGACCACAUACUGGCCAUUAAUUGCACCCCAUUGGAUCAGAACAUUUCCCAUCAGCACGCUAUUGCCCUCCUCCAGCAAUCCACAGGAUCUCUACAUCUGGUUGUUGCUAGGGAGCCAGUUCAAGGAAACAGCAGAACUUCGGCUCUCUUAUUAAGUGAUAUAAAUCCACCUGAGACUAUUCACUGGGGCCACGUUGAAGACGUUGAGCUGAUUAACGAUGGUUCAGGAUUAGGCUUUGGAAUUGUAGGAGGAAAGUCGAGUGGAGUAGUUGUAAGAACAAUUGUUCCUGGGGGAUUAGCAGAUCGGGAUGGGAGGCUCCAGACAGGAGAUCACAUCUUACAGAUUGGAGGGACCAAUGUGCGAGGAAUGACCAGCGAACAAGUUGCCCAAGUGCUGAGAAACUGUGGGAAUUCUGUUAGGAUGACCGUUGCAAGAGACCCAAAGUGUGAAAUUAUGGAGACUCCACCAGCUCCUGUGAGCUGGCCUGUCAUUAUAUUAUCUGUACUUUCCAAGAUACCGACAGAUAAUACCAACCUUUUUGAGACCCAUGAUGUUGAACUUAUAAAAAAGAAUGGGCAAAGCCUAGGGAUAACAAUUGUUGGAUAUGCUGGCACAUGUGAUGAAGGGGAACCUUCAGGGAUUUUUGUGAAAAAUAUAAUACCUGGUAGUGCUGCUGACCACAAUGGCCAAAUUCAUGUUCAUGACAAAAUUGUUGCUGUUGAUGGAGUUAAUAUACAGGAUUAUACCAACCAAGAAGUGGUAGAGGCAUUGCGUAACACAGGACAGACUGUACGCCUUACCUUACUUAGAAGGAAACCUUCUUCUACUAUUUCUUCAGAAAGACCUUCAGAUAGAGGUACAUCUGUUUUCACAGUGCAGCCAACUAUUCCAGCCUUUGUGUCCCCUGGAGCUGUAGGGACUGAAACUAGUGUGGACACUAAGAAUGAGGAAAACCGAGAACAGAAGGAUAAUCUUCAAAAUGAAAAGAAGCAGAGCCUACAUAAAACAGGAAAAGUCCCACCCCCUCCAGCACAUGAGCUGAAAUCCAAGUGGGAAAACCUGCUGGGACCUGAAUAUGAAGUUAUGGUUGUGAAUGUGGAUAUGCCCAUUACAGAUGAUUCGGAGCUCCAGAAGUACUCAAAGCUAUUACCCAUCCACACUUUGAGAUUAGGAGUUGAGCUUGACACGUUUGAUGGACAUCAUUAUAUAUCAUCAAUUGCUUCAGAUGGUCCAGCUGCAACACUUGGUCUUCUGCAACUGGAGGAUGAACUUCUGGAGGUAAACGGAGUUCAGCUAUACGGAAAAUCACGCCGUGAGGCAAUCACUUUUCUAAAAGAAGUGCCACCCCCAUUUACAUUGGUUUGCUGUCGGCGACUUUUUGAUGAUGGCAGUGAGUCUCUUGUGGAUGAACCCACCAUGGGAGUUUCUCCUCCAGAACAAAAGGUAGACUUCUCAUGUCAUUCAGAAGACAUUAACCCUGAGGAGGAAGAAGGAGAAUUAGCAUUAUGGUCUCCUGAUGUGAAGGUUAUUGAACUGGAGAAAGACAGAAAUGGUUUAGGAUUCAGCAUUUUAGACUAUCAGGAUCCCUUAGAUCCAACAAGAACAGCCAUUGUGAUCAGCUCUUUGGUGGCAGGUGGAGUAGCUGAACGUGGGGGCGAGCUUUUACCAGGUGAUCGCUUGGUGUUUGUAAAUGAGAAAUAUUUGGACAGUGUCACUUUAGCAGAGGCAGUGGAAGUGUUGAAAUCUGUGCCCCCAGGUACAGUUUCUCUUGGAAUCUGCAAGCCUUUGGUGGGAGAAAGCAAAGAGGAGAACAUGCACAGUGUGGAUUCCAGCAACAUUAAAACCAGUCCUGGAUCUCCAGAACCAAUAGAUAAUACUAAUUUCUCAAUAAUACUUGAAGCACCACAGGGUUUCAGAGAUGAAACACCUUUUAAAGAAGAACUUGUUGAUGAACCAAUUUUGGACUUGGGAAGGUCAUUUCAGCUUUCUCAAAAUGACAAUGAGUAUGAGAAGGAGUCCUGGGAGAUGCAUGAAUUUCUGAAACCCAGAACAGAAGAAAUGGAUGAAGAACGGGAAAUGUUGGUGGAUGAUGAGUAUGAAGAAGAUUCAGACUUUCUGAAAUAUAAUGCAUCAUGUGGACAGAAGGCAACUUCAGAGAGGAACCUUGAUACGGAACGAUGGGCAAAGCAACUUGAGACUACUGAAAUACAAGACUUAAGAUCCAAUGUGAACUUAAGUCCGAAACAGUCUCUGGAAUAUCCAUUCAAUACGGAGCAAAUGUGUGAAGAAAAUGCUAGUAUAAGUUCGCUAUCUUCUGGAACCACAGCACACAGUGGCUACCAAAAAGACAUAUUUGAUACUGAAACUACUGAGUCAGGAGCAAAAAACAAGAUGGAUUUAGGUACAAAGCUUCAGAUUGACUCUGAAGGACCUGGGCUUGUUGUUGAUCUGGAAGCUAUUGAAAAGGAAGGAAUAAAAGGGGAGGAUUAUGUUUUUUCCAAGAACAUGGUAUCUGGGAGAGUAACCACCCUAGCUCAGCCUAGAGCAACAUUGUGCAGUGAAUUACCUGAGAGAGAAGAAGGAGAAGGAGAAGAAACUCCGAACUUCAGCCACUGGGGACCACCACGGACUGUUGAGAUCUUUAGAGAUCCUCACGUGUCUCUCGGAAUCAGUAUUGUUGGUGGACAAACUGUCAUAAAGCGCCUGAAGAAUGGAGAAGAACUUAAAGGGAUCUUUAUCAAACAAGUUUUGGAAGACAGCCCAGCAGGAAGAACAAGGGCUUUAAAAACUGGAGAUAAAAUACUUGAGGUUUCUGGGAUAGACCUACAAAAUGCCACACACGAGGAAGCAGUAGAAGCUAUCAAGAACGCGGGAAAUCCUGUCGUGUUUGUAGUUCAGGGUUUGUCUAACAUACCAAAAGUGGUCCCUGCCAUACAGCCUAAGGGAAUCAAAGUCAGCAAAGAUCAGGAUGCAGACAAAGAAAAUAAGAGUGAAAAGAGAAAAUAUGGGGCUCCACCUCCAAUGAAAUUGCCACCUCCUUAUAGAGCACUUGAAAGACUGCAUGCAGAGGAAGCUAACGUGGAUGAAGAGGAGGAUGAGGAUGCUUGUGCAGAGAAAAAAAUCAGGCAAAGAUAUGCAGAUCUACCGGGAGAGCUGCACAUUAUUGAGCUUGAGAAAGACAAAAAUGGGCUUGGACUGAGUCUUGCUGGCAACAAGGACCGCUCUCGUAUGAGCAUCUUUGUAGUUGGUAUCAAUCCAGAUGGACCUGCGGGACGAGAUGGAAGGAUGCAUAUUGGUGAUGAACUUCUAGAGAUAAACAAUCAGAUAUUGUAUGGAAGAAGUCAUCAGAAUGCUUCUGCAAUCAUUAAGACUGCCCCAUCAAAGGUCAAGCUAGUUUUCAUACGCAGUGAAGAUGCAGUCAAUCAGAUGGCUGUUACUCCUUUCCCACUACCUGCCAGCUCCCACUCUUCUAUUGAGGAUCAUGGUGGCACUGAACCUGCAAGCAGCGAAGAAGACCCAAGUUUGGAAGUUGUCAUGAAAAGCUUGACCGAUGAGGAAUCCAACAAAGCUGUCCUCAACCAGAUCAAACAAUCUAAAUCUUCAACAAAAGUACCAGUCAACUUACAGGAGAUACCCCUGGUGCCAGCACCUACUUACCUUUCUCCAGAGGCAGAAGUCACCAGCCGUAGUGUCUUUACACCCCCGUUGCCUGUGGAUCCAGCAACGUGUCCCAUAGUUCCAGGGCAGGAGAUGACUAUAGAGAUAUCUAAGGGUCGGUCAGGCCUAGGACUCAGCAUUGUCGGCGGUAAAGACACUCCGCUGGACGCCAUAGUGAUCCAUGAAGUUUAUGAAGAAGGGGCAGCAGCCCGCGAUGGCAGGCUUUGGGCCGGCGAUCAAAUUCUGGAGGUGAACGGGAUCGAUCUGCGGAAUGCCAGCCAUGAAGAAGCUAUCACUGCGCUGAGACAGACGCCCCAGAAGGUGCAGUUGGUUGUUUACAGAGAUGAAGCGCAUUACAAAGAUGAAGAAAACUUAGAGAUUUUCUAUGUAGAUAUACAAAAGAAAACAGGCCGAGGAUUAGGGCUCAGCAUAGCUGGAAAACGAAAUGGAAGUGGAGUGUUUAUCUCUGACAUUGUUAAAGGAGGAGCUGCAGACCUAGAUGGAAGAUUAAUUCAAGGGGAUCAGAUUUUGUCUGUAAAUGGAGAGGAUAUGAGAAAUGCCUCACAAGAGACUGUUGCCACUAUACUUAAGUGUGCCCAAGGCCUAGUGCAUCUUCAGCUUGGGAGAUUGCGAGCUGGAUCAUGGCUAUCAUCACGGAAAACAUCUGAAAACAGUCAGAGCCAACAGAGUGUCCACAGCCACUUCCACCCUGCGCUUGCUCCAGUCCUCUCUACCAUACAGAAUUUUGUCAGCACGAAAAGAUCUUCAGCAGAUGUGUCUCAGAGGAACUCAGGAGCAGAUAUGGGCCCAAGGACUGUGGAGAUAACAAGGGGACCAAAUGAUGCACUUGGUAUCAGUAUAGCAGGAGGGAAAGGAAGUCCAUUAGGAGAUAUUCCCAUCUUCAUUGCUAUGAUUCAAGCCAGUGGUGUGGCUGCACGUACCCAAAGACUCAGAGUUGGAGAUCGGAUUGUCAGUAUUAAUGGGCAACCUUUGGAUGGGCUGUCUCAUGCAGAUGCGGUUAAUCUACUAAAGAAUGCUUAUGGGAGCAUAAUCCUGCAGGUUGUGGCUGAUACCAACAUCAGUGCCAUUGCUACCCAGCUGGAGAGCAUGUCUGCGGGAUGCAACCUGAACUCUUCUGAGCAUCCUUCUGAAGAUCCCGAAGCACCUCAGCCUAAGAUUAUUACUUUGGAGAAAGGCUCUGAUGGACUGGGAUUUAGUAUUGUAGGGGGGUAUGGAAGUCCCCAUGGAGACCUGCCCAUUUAUGUCAAGACUAUAUUUGCCAAGGGAGCAGCUGCGGACGAUGGCAGACUGAAGCGUGGCGAUCAGAUUUUAGCAGUUAAUGGGGAAGCUUUGGAAGGUGUUACUCAUGAGCAAGCUGUAGCUAUUCUCAAGCGCCAGAAAGGAACUGUAACAUUAACGGUGUUAUCAUGA